AUGCCGAAGAACAAGGGUAAGGGAGGUAAAAAUAGGAGAAGAGGAAAGAAUGAAAACGAUUUCAUGAAAAGGGAACUUGAUACAAAAGAUGUUGGACAAGAAUAUGGUCAAGUUUCUAAAAUGCUCGGAAAUGGUCGCGUAUUAGCUUUCUGUUUCGAUGGUAAGCAAAGAGUUUGCCACAUAAGAGGAAAAUUGAGGAAGAAGGUGUGGAUUAACACUGGCGAUAUAAUUCUUGUUGGUCUCAGGGACUAUCAAGACGACAAGGGAGAUGUUAUUCUCAAGUAUACACCUGACGAGGCGCGGCGAUUGAAGGAGAAGAAUGAGUUGCCUGAACACGCAAAGAUCAAUGAGAACGAUGAGCAGGAAGAGGGAGAGAUUGAAUUCAGUAAGUUUUGGAAACUUGUUGGUGGCUUAAAUAACAUCAAAUUCGUUCCUAACAAGGUCUUUCUUUCAGGGGAUCUUGGGGCGGAAUCUGGAGAUGAUGAAGGAGAGGAGGAAGACAACAACAUAUACAUUUCGCCGGACAGCUUUCGGAUUCGCUUUCAUGACUUGAAAGUUCUUCCAAUUCAUUGGCCGUAG